CACAGCUCGGUGAUUGGACCAUUUAAAAAAGCUGCGCCACAACCCAGCAAAGUCCGUGUUGAUGCUCGGCUGCCUUCUGUGCGUCUCAACCGCUCUCUCGCAAACACACACACGCAGUCUACACGAGCAUCGAGGUGCUGAAAUGGCCGACGAGCACUCCAAUAAAGCGGCGGGCUUAUACGACUUCGAUGCCCCGUCUCACGUCGUCGACUUCCAGCAACUCCAGGACGAGCCUUGCGAUGAUUCCUGGUUUGAUCAACAGGCCCUUGAACAGAAUGUGCAUGCUGUACAGCUUUUCAAGCCAGAUGAGGGACCUUCUAAACCCAAAGCCACCGUGGGUCCAAUGAGUGUUGCUGAUUCCGGUGCUGCCGAUACUAACACACCUUGCAGUGGUGGAGCCAUUCCAAAAACCAGUGGCCAAGCGCUUAGGGUUCCAAAACGUAAAGGGCAAGCGGCCAACAGUUCACCUUCCCAACCUCUUAAAAAGUAUAAAAAGAGUCCUGUUCUGCAGUCAACUGGAAAAUCCACUUUAACGCAGCCCCGGCGCAUGCGGCCUAGGACCCGGAGUGCAUUUUGUGCCAAACCUACUACAGGCACGAAGGACCAGGAGGAGGAGGAGGAGGAGGAAGUGGACCAAGAUUGUGAAAGAGAACCUGAAGCUCCUUCACUGAGGAAAAAGAAGGAAGCUACUCUCUCAAGCAAGCGCCCACACCUGACGGUGCCCAGACCUUUGAAUCUGGGCGCCAAGAGGAAGCCCGCCAAAGACCCUUACGUGCCAACGGCUCAGCGCAUAAUGCAGCUCCAGCAGCGCACCCCUCAGCGCUUCCAUCAGCUGAGUCGGCAGGCCAUAGAAAAAGGUCCGCCCAAAGCUAAGGGGCAGCGCCUGCAGCUCACUCGGCCUCAGUCCCCCAACUUCUCCACAAGACUGAGGAGCCGCCCCCCUGCUGUGAAGAGCAGCGCUCAACUGGAGGAGGAGGAGCUUCUCAAGUUCAAUUUCAAGGCGGUGGAGCUGAACAAAAAGAUCCUGGAGCAGCAGGAGUCUCUGAAGAAGCCGGUGGCCAAAGCAUCCACCGUGCAAGAGGCCUUCACCAUGCACAUCGAGAAGCGGCUCCAGGAGAGGCAGGUCGGCAAAGCCCACGAAGAAGAAAAAGAAGCGCAGCCCGCCUUCAAAGCGCACGAUCUGCCCAAGAAGAUCCUGGAAGGGGUCGUGGGUGUUCCAGAUAGGAAGGUCAUACAGCCAACUGUGCCGCAGUCUCCUGCCUUCAUCCUGGCCAAGAGGGCUCGCCCCGACAUCAAAAAUGAAGAGGUGAAAGCUCCCUCGCCCAUCAAGCAUGUGCCGGUCCCUCACUUUGGCGUGACCUUUCACCCCAUUCUGCCGGAGAAGCAGCACAUCCAGGUGUGUCCCUUCUCCUUCGAGCAGCGGGAGCAGGCCAAGAAGCAGCAGAAGGAAAGCAGGGAGCAGAAAGAAGAAGAGCUUCCUGCCUUCAAGGCUCAGCCGCUGCCACACUUUGACACCGUGGUCCUGCCAGAGAGGAAGAAGCUGGAGCCCACAAAGCCGGAACCCUUCAGGCUGCUGGUGGACCAACGUGGCUCCGUGAAGAACGAGCGCUGGGAACAGAUGGUGAAGGAGGAGCAGAAGAAAAUGAAAGAAGCAACGACAUUUAAAGCCAGGCCCAACAAAAUCACACUCAAAGAACCUUUCCAGCCCAAAAAGGAAGAUCGCACGUCUGUGGAAGUGGAAGCCUUCCAGCUGGCGACGGAGCGGCGAGCCCGAGAGCGCGAUGACUUCCAGCAGAUGUUGUCCCAGAAGGAGGCGCUGUGUGCUCUCAUGGAGGAGCAGCAAAGACGUCAGGAGGAGGACAAGCAGAAGAUGGAGGUCACCAAACUACGACAGGAACAAGUGCACAAGGCCCAGCGCAUCCGUCACUACAAGACGGUGGAAGUGAAGAAGAGUGAAGCGGCUCUCACAGUCCCAAAGUCCCCAAACUUCUCUGAUCGCUUCCGCCUAUAAUCUCUUUUUUUAUCGCUAUUGUUCGUUUAUUUUUUCCAUUGCAAUAAAGUUUUCUAUUCUAUGUAAGCAGUGACUGAUUAGUCAGUUGAUGGCUCUUCGCUUAAAGGGUUGGUCCCUUUUUUGUUGUUUUUAUCCAUUUUUAAAUGGCAAAUAACAUGUGAGUAUUAUAAAUGUGUAAGUGACAUGUUUGCUCUAUUAGUUAAAUUAAAUGUGCUCAUAAACGUCUGGUGUGAUUGAUUAAAUGUUAUUUAAAGGUGGCCUGAAACGACACAUUAGUCACAUUGUCCAAUAAACACAAGGAAUCUG